UGAUAGACAAAUAAAUUGUUCUUCUAGGCUAUAACGAUGUAGAUGCAUUGGCCAUCACGACUGGUAAGCCAGUAGAAAUAGGCGGUAUAAAUGGUCGCACCGCCGCCACGGGACGUGGUCUAUUUAAGGCGGCUGAAUGUUUUAUUAUGGAUAAAGAUUGGAUGGAUUUAUUAGGCUGGAAGACUGGUUGGAAAGAUAAAACCGUGAUCGUACAAGGGUUUGGCAAUGUCGGUUCCCAUGCAUCCGUUUUUGUAGUGGAAGCCGGUGCCAAACUGAUCGGUGUUCAAGAAUUUGACGUGUCUCUAGUAAAUGAGAAUGGCAUUGAUCCAAAGGACUUAAUGGAGUAUUAUGCAAAAAAUAAUAAAUCAAUCAAGGGCUAUACCAAAGCCACCGAAAAAGAGGGCAGUUUGUUGGGUGAAAAAUGCGAUAUACUAAUGCCUUGCUCUACGCAAAAGGUUCUCACUGUCGAAAAUGCUAACAGUGUACAAGCCAAGAUGAUUUUAGAAGGCGCUAAUGGUCCUUCGACGCCAGCUGCCGAUGAAAUAUUACGUAAAAAGAAUGUACUCAUUAUACCGGAUUUGUUUUGCAAUGCUGGCGGUGUAACGGUAUCCUACUUGUGAGUACUUAAAGAAUAUCAAUCAUGUAUCUUAUGGCAAAAUGAAUGUUAAAUGCGAGAAAGCCAUCAUCAACGAGAUCUUUAACUCCAUGAAUGAGUGCGAGGAUAAGUUCAAGCCAAACAAAAAGUUAAAGCUCAUAAGAGACUGUACGAAGGAGGCGGAUAUUGUAGACGCAGGACUACAAACAGUUAUGGAAACUGCGGGGGCAGGCAUUAAGAUUGUGGCCAAUGAAUUCGGUCUCUGCAAUGAUUUACGCACCGCUGCCAUUAUUUACUCGAUUUCUAAGAUUUUCCGAGCCUUAGAAAUGGAGGGCAUUUCUCAACAAUAAUUUACAGAAUGCAUCUAAAGUCGCUUGGCGAUUGUUUAUUUUUACAAAUUUUACAUUUAUAUAUUUAUAAGAUCCAAAGUGUAAUAUCCUUUUGUAUAUUUUUCUUCACACUUCACUUAACCCCUGUUUUUGGUACCACCCUACCUUUAUAUCUGUUUUUCUGUUUUUGGUAAUAUGGUACUCAUACGACCUGUAUAACCCCAUUUGCGCGCAUCAAAUGCACCAAAAAAGUGGUGAAUGGUACCAAAAAUCCAUCCACCAAAUGCACCAAAAAUUGAUUGAUAAUUUCCGAUUUUGGCCUUAGUAAAAAAAAAAGCGAUUUUACUAAGGCCAAAAUCGGUAAAGAUAUGCGCAUGUACGGUUUGUUAUAAACAUAAUAAACAUAAUAAACAUAAUUUGAUCGCGAACGUAAUGCGCAUGUGUAACUGCCAGUUGGAAAAAUUUAAAUUUGAAAAAUUCUAAUGUCGACUAUACAGUGUCAAUUUUGGGCAAAAAAAUUAAAUCAUAAA